CCAGAUUCAUCUAUAUCUCUACGUAUAAUUUUGAUGGCUCUUCCAAAUCAACCGACUGCGGAUUGCCCAAGCUUCAAGCUCGUGCUUGUUGGCGAUGGCGGCACAGGGAAAACUACUUUUGUCAAACGCCAUCUUACUGGAGAAUUCGAGAAGAAAUAUGAACCAACAAUUGGUGUAGAAGUUUAUCCACUUGACUUCUUCACAAACUGCGGCAAGAUAAGGUUUUACUGUUGGGACACGGCCGGGCAAGAGAAGUUUGGAGGACUCAGAGAUGGUUAUUAUAUUCAUGGGAAUUGCGCCAUCAUAAUGUUUGAUGUGACGGCACGAAUGACCUACAAGAAUGUCCCCACAUGGCAUCGGGACAUUUGCAGGGUGUGCGAGAAUAUACCGAUUGUGUUGUGUGGGAAUAAGGUGGAUGUCAAGAACAGGCAGGUGAAAGCAAAGCAGGUCACUUUCCAUAGGAAGAAGAAUCUUCAGUACUAUGAGAUCUCCGCCAAAAGCAACUACAACUUUGAGAAGCCCUUUCUGUAUUUGGCUAGAAAACUUGCUGGCGCCCCUGAUUUGUAUUUUGUCGAGUCACCAGCACUUGCUCCCCCAGAAGUUCAAGUUGAUUUGGUCGAACAAUUAAGGCACGAAGAGGAACUGAAAAACGCGAUGAAUCAGCCUCUUCCUGAUGAGGAUGAAGACUUUGCUUGAGGAUACACUUGCAUAAUAAGUUCCCGAAAAUAGUUCUAACAUUAGUAGAGUCCAGGAAUUUGUUGGAUCAGUUGAGCGCUAGAACUUGUUUCUUUUCCAUAUAUAUAUCUAUAUGUAGUUGAUAGGUCCAUUUUGGCUGUGUCCAUUUUGGCUUUGUUCAUAAAAUAGUUUCAAGCAACAUAUUAAUCAUUUAAUCUAAGGUAUUAUUGUGAAACUUUAUGAUAUCAUGUUUGAAUUUUUAUUUUUUAUUUUUUAAUUUUGUUUUGCCAUAGCACCCAAGGCUAUUAUUGUUUAAAUCAUUUGUGUAACCUCAAACUUAUUGUUUUUAAUUUUGCUUUAUGAUAAUCAUUU